CCCACAGGGAGAAACCCCGCCAUGCCACUUCCCGUGGGUUCCUGCACAGGUUCCCCAGCCCGCACGAAGAGGCUGGUUGCUUUUGAGCCUUCUGACCUACCAGUACUCGAUAUCUCGUACAGACUUGGGAUUCUUGACCUGGAAGACGCAGCCGAUCAACCACCAACUGCCCCCCUCCAACCAUUCAGGCACUCUGCCACUGGAUCGGUUCAUCCUGUCGAACCUCGGCGUCCACCAGUAUCCAAGGCUGUCCCACAGAAUGGCACAAGUACUGGUCUAGUCAUAUCUUGUCGUAACCGUUGCUGGAUGUGCAAGGCAUGUCUCUACCGAUCUCGCCGUUCGCAGCUUCAUCCUCGGUAGCAGGAAGCGGCGAAAUCAUUCUGGCCCUCCUCCCACCAGCGAGGCAAGUUCUUUCGAGAUGUACAUACCAAUAUCCUCUCAAACUUAUUGCUCCUGACCCUCACCAUUCGAGCGAGGAAAAGCACGUGACGGUUGUUUUCCUGCUCACCUAUGGAGGCGGUUUGGUGGGAGGUGACCAGAUCAGUCUCAAAGUCGACCUGCAAGAUGCUACGAGGCUUGUCCUCGUCACCCAAGGAAGUACCAAGAUCUUCAAGUCACCCCAGAGAUCAGUCGUCAGCAGACAAAUUCUAGACGUCAGGAUCGGAUCUCAUGCUUCCCUGUGCUAUCUACCAGAUCCGACUCAGCCGUUUGCGGAGAGUGUCUACGAGCAGAAGCAGACCUUUUAUGUGCAGCCAGACGCCACUAGCAGUUUGCUGAUGCUUGACUGGGUGAGUGAAGGCCGCCGCGCAAGAGGCGAGAGCUGGACACUCUGGAGUUGGAAAGGCAGGAAUGAGGUUAGAGAAUUCGACGAGCGAUCAAAAGGACGACUGCUACUUCGCGACGCAGUAAUGCUCCACGACGAUGGACUUGGAAGUACAGGAUUACUAGACAAAUCCAACAACAUGGGCAUUUUUGGGACAUUGAUCAUCCAUGGUCCUAUCUUCAGCAAACUCGGGGACUUCUUCAUGCAGGAGUUCACAAGCCAACCGCGCAUCGGAGCGAAAAAUUGGACGUCAAAUGAUGGCAUAGCUCAGGGUAAGGCAGUCGACCAGAUCGAGCAAGCUAGUCAACACGAAAAACAGGAUGGUAUCCUGUGGACCGCAGCGAAGACAAGAGGCUUCGUCCUGGUGAAAUUUGGAGCAAAGGAGGUCGAUGGCGCAAAAAGAUGGCUUGGACGACUUCUGAGACACGAAGGCACGGUUGAACGAAGUUUUGGACAUCAGGCACUCAUUUGCCUCAAGUGACAGGGUGGUCCUUUAUUCCCGGCGGCCAUCUAAGAGAGGGUGACGGUACGACGGCUGCCACUGGUACCGAAUAACUCUAGGGAAAAUGAAAGCUCUUCCUGGGUCGGCAAAUCCAUCAGCUCCCGAGGCGAAACUGUCGACUCCUGCCCGUCACUUUCCUAUGGUCAGAAAAAGACGAUCACCGACAUCCCCAAGGCCCGGUUUAAUCAUGCCUUUAUCAGUCAAGUCAUCGUCGAUGCCGCCCGCCCAUACCUGUGUGCCCUCUGGCCAUUCCGCAGCGGCUCUUGUUAUACCUGGGAUAGCUCCCAAAACGCACAAAAAGAUGAUCUUCUCGACACCCCAGUCCUUCAGGCUUUGGAUCGCAGCGCAUGCUGUCGCACCUGUGGCGCAGACGGGGUCGACGACAAUAGCGAGCUUCGCCACUGAUUCCGGGGAUUGAGGGAGGUUGUUGUAGUAUUCAACAGGUUGCAGAGUCAUCUUUUCACGGAAUAGGCCGAGAUGGUGGAUCGAGACGGAAUCAGGCAGGAGAGUUUGUAUUGCUGCGAUGAGCAUCAGUUUCUGAGGUAUUCCCUUGAGACCAACUAGCACACCUUCGACCAUACCGAGUCCGCUUCUCAGGAUGGGGACAACGGUGAGUUUGGUGCAAUCAAUGGCCUCAUAGGGGUACUCAUAUCCGAUAGGGGUCUCAGCCUACAUCAAACCAAGGGUCAGUCUGGAUCUCAAUCAGCGCGGAUGCUCCCAAGGACAAAGGAGACGGACUCACUGUUCCAACCGAGUCGAUAUCGAGUUGCGCAAGCGCCUCGGCCCCUAGCAACAGGGUAAUCUCAUGAAUAAGGGUCUUUGUCUCGCGAGCAUUGGUACUCUUGGAUCUCAGCUGGCUGAGCUUUGCGCGAAGACAAGGGUGUUUGGAAAGAUGGACAUUGGGUGGUAGAGACGACGCCAUAUCUACGGAAAGGACGGAGGUGCGAUAAGAGGGUGUAAGAAGAAUAGAAACGCAAGCAUAGAGUGGUCGAAUGCGACGUUGACUCUGUAUCUAGAAUUUGGAGUCGGAUGCAACAACG